UAGGAAGCACAGGCAAGUUUCUCUUCAGUAUCUUACUGAAUGAAGACUUUAGAGAACGGGCAAGAAGCAUCACAGAACAUACAGGGAUUCAUGUCUUGGAAUUUAGAACAUUCAGAACAUUUAGAACAUUUUGAAGAUGGAACAACUCGCACCCCUGAGACUUCCCAUGAAGAUAGCCAACAUUCCGUGGAGGAAUAACAAUCUGAGCCAGAUAUAUAAAGAGCCUCCCCUGUCGGAGAAGGGGGAGACUGUCAUUGGUCUUUACCUGAUAUUGCUUGGCAUACUGUCCUGGUUUGGGAACAGUAUAGUGAUAUUGGUGCUAUACAGACAGAGGGCUUCCUUCCUGCCUACAGACUUCCUUACUUUAAACCUAGCUAUCUCAGAUGCCAGCAUAUCUGUUUUUGGAUACUCCCGAGGGAUACUGGAGAUUUUUAACCUCUUCAGAGAUGACGGCUUCUGGAUCAACUGGAUCUGGACCUGCCAGGUUGACGGGUUCUUCACCUUACUGUUCGGCCUGGCCAGUGUCAACACCUUAACUGUCUACAGUGUCACCAGAUACAUCAAAGGCUGCCAUCCUAACAAAGCCUACUGUGUCAGUACGAGCACUGUCCUCACCUCCCUGCUGUUCAUCUGGGCCGGAGCCUUCUUCUGGUCUGUCACCCCCCUGUUGGGUUGGGGCAGCUACAGAGACCAGGGGUAUGGGUCCUGUGAGGUGGACUGGGCCAAGGCGAACUAUUCUACCAUUUACAAGUCCUAUAUCAUCUCCAUCCUUAUCUCCUGCUUCUUCGUCCCAGUGAUGGUCAUGGUCUUCUCCUAUGUCUCCAUCAUAAAGUCAGUAAGGUGCAACAAUGUCAUGUCACCUGACAUGUACCUGUCCUCCCGGCAGAGGAAAGUGGAGAGAGACAUCACACGGGUUUCCAUAGUGAUCUGCACAGCCUUCAUCAUGGCCUGGUCUCCCUAUGCAGUCGUCUCCAUGUGGUUGGCCUGUGGUAACCAUGUUCCCAGAAUGACAUCCAUCUUCACCCGUCUCUUUGCCAAGUCUGCCUCCUUUUACAACCCCUUGAUCUACUUUGGAAUGAGCUCCAAGUUUCGCAAGGACGUUGCAGCACUGUUUCCAUGUUCUGCUGAAGAAUCCAUCCAGAAAGAAGUGGUCCGCCUCAAGAACUUUCAGGAGCUCAACGAACUGAAGCCGGAAGAUCCAGAGGCCACAGUCCUUCCAGCGCUACCAGUGACUGUGGUUCCUUUAGGGAAGUAUACUAACAGGGAUGUGUUGGAGCCUGAUGGCGUAGGGGCUCAGGGUUCAGACUCAGAGAUGAAUGGAUCCCUACAUUCCCUGGUUUGUGUCACUCAAGACUCCCUGUACUACAUUCCCAAUGUGCCCCUCACCCCUCUACCCAGCAUGCAAUCUGAGACACAAAUGUACGUGACCGACAAUCUUUAAAAUGUCAUUGUCUGUCCAAAAUGCCAGAAUGUUCUCUACAUAGAAGACUUAUUUUGACCCUUAGGGGAUGAAUGGGGAAUUAUAUAGGGAACAGGGUGCUAAUAUAUAGGGAAUAGGGUGUCAUUAUAUAGGGUGGAGGGUUGAAUUAUGUAGGCAAUAGGGUGUCAUUAAAUAGACAAUAGGGUGUCAUUAAAUAGGCAAUAGGGUGUCAUUAAAUAGACAAUAGGGUGCCAUUGAGUAGACAAUAGGGUGCCAUUGAAUAGGCAAUAGGGUGCCAUUGAAAAGGCAAUAGGGUGCCAUUAAAUAGGCAAUAGGGUGUCAUUUCAGACAAAACAUUUCUGUCUCAUCUUCUUUGCUUCUGAUUUUACUUGAAUCAUACCAAUUACUUGAAUUAUUAUAGGAUUGUUGUAAAAAAAGAAAAAAAAUCCUCAGCUUGUGGGUAUUUAUUUAUCUUGGUGCGAAUUCAUUAAAUGUUUGCGUCAAAAUGUCAAAAUGUGCUUGGUUUUGUCAUUAAACCAUUUUACACUACUUAGAAUAAGUCAACUGUUAUAUUGUGUCUGUAUUGGCAGUGUCACUGUGUAUGAACCGUGUCACCACAGCAGUAUUUAUGUGCAGCGACGCUUGUGGGCAAGGUGAGUGGUGUUGUUCAAGUGGUCCUUUCGGUAACUGCCAGGGAAUGUGGGUAAUUCAGGAAAUAUGAACAAAACGAUCAGGCCGAGGAAGAAACACACACAGAGCCACACAUACAGAGUCACACACACCCACAAAGCCACACACACCACACACACACACACAGACGC